UGAGAAUAAUAAAAAUAAGGCGAACCACCACUGCACUGUAAUUACAAAAUCGCGGCGGUGUGAUGCGAUACAGAUUCGAAUACAUGCUGUAAUUAUUCAACCAGUGAGUACAGCAGGACUGGAAUUCUGGAACUUGUUGCUGUCACGGGGCGGGCCUUGUAGAUGUUGUGUGCUUAGUCGGGGGUGUAACACAGGGGGAGGAAAAUCGGGUAAAGGAGUGGGAGCCCCGACGCGAGGCGCUCCGAGAGAUGAGGUUGGCUUUUUUCCCUUCUGAUCUUCCUCUUUUUUAUUACUAAAUAACAGAUUGAAGUUUCGCUUCAGAGCCACGCGGACACUGCGUUUCUGCUUGAGGAAGAAUUUAAAGCUCUUGGAGUGAAUGCACGCUUUCCUGGUUUGUUUGUUUGUGACCGAGAGUGUCAGCAAAGAGGGAAAAGAAGGUUAACCUGGGAAGAAGGGAUGGUGGACAAUUCUGGUAGCAGCAAGGCACAAAUGCCGAGCCUGUCCCAGGAGGGUGGCCUGGGAGCCGGGAUUCCCCAGGGAGUUUCGGCGGGAGUGAAGCUGGAGGCCGUGAUGGAGCAGCUCCAGAGGCAGCAGCAGGCCCGCCUGGAGAUGGAGAGGAAGGAGCGGCACCUGCGCGAGGCGCGCAUCAUGUACAGCCAGCAGGUGGCGGCCCAACAGGCCAUCCUGGCCGCCGCCCGGGCCUCGGGGGCCCCGCUGGGGGCCGGAUUUCUGGGCAAGGCCCUAGGCGCGGCGGCUGCCGGAGGAGGCGGGCCCCUGGCCAGGGCGACCAAUCAGAGCAGCGUGGAUUCAGAACGCGAGGACGAGGAGGACAGGGGCCGGGACUCUGAGGAAGAGGAGGACGAGGGGGAAGAGCGGAUGAUGAUGGAGGGAGAGGAGGGCAGCGAGGAGGACGAGGAAGGAGGGGGAGGAGGAGGAGUAGGUGGGGGGGGACUGGAGUACCUCCGCAAACAGACCCUGGCGCUACAGCAGGGCGUGGCGCGCCUGCCCCACCGCCCCUUCCCGCCCUUUUCCUCCGCGUCGUCGGGCCCCGCCCCCCCGCGGGCCCCCUCGCCGCCCGUCAGAGUGAAGCAGGAGCCGAAGGAGGAGGAGGAGAACCGGUCCCCCGCGGGACACCCCUCCUCCUCGUCCCCCAACGGGCAGGCGGACUGGAGCUACGACGAGUCGUUCAAACAGAAUGGAAAUGCCUCCUGGACCGACGAAGCCGAUGGAGGGAGAGGAAGAGGCGAGGCGUCCAGAGACUUCGCCAAGCUGUACGAGUUGGACCAUGACCCAAACCGGAAAGAGUUCCUGGAUGACCUGUUCACCUACAUGCAGAAACGAGGGACUCCAGUGAAUAGGAUCCCCAUCAUGGCCAAGCAGGUGCUGGACCUGUACAUGCUGUAUAAGUUGGUGACGGAGAAGGGAGGGCUGGUGGAGGUCAUCAACAAGAAGAUCUGGAGGGAGAUCACCAAGGGCCUGAACCUGCCCACCUCCAUCACCAGCGCCGCCUUCACCCUCCGCACUCAGUAUAUGAAGUACCUGUACCCGUACGAGUGCGAGCGGAUGGGGCUGAGCUCUCCCGGCGAGCUGCAGGCCGCCAUCGACAGCAACCGGCGGGAGGGCCGCCGGCCCAGCUACAGCGCCAGCCUGUUCCGCUUCUCGCCGUCCCCCGGCGCCGCGCCCCACAUCCUCUCGCCCCCGAAAAUGCCCCUCUCCUCCCUGGGCACGGGGGUCACGGGGGGCCACAACGGCCUGCGGGCCUCGCCCGGGCCGUCUCUGAAGAAAGCCGCCGAGGAGAGCACCCCCUCCCGGCUGCACGGCAGGCUGCCGAGCAGGCUGCCCAUGGCGCUGGCGCUGGGUCACCAGCAGGUGGCGGGCCUGGCUCGGGCGGCCACGCUGGAGCAGCUGCGGGAGAAGCUGGAGACGGGCGUGGGCGACGGGCCGGAGAGGAAGAUGGCGCGGCUGGCGGAGGAGCAGCAGCGGCUCAUGCAGCAGGCCUUCCAUCAGAACCUGCUGGCCAUGGCGUCCCACGUCCCCACAAACCUGCGCCUCAACAGCAGCCGCGAAGACAAACAGGACCUGGCCCUUACCAUCUCCACUAGCGGAGCCACCAGUAUCAGCGUGUCAGUGGAGGUCAACGGCAUUCUCUACUCAGGAAUGCUGUAUGCCCAGAAGUCUGGUCCACCAGCCACAGUGGCUGCAACCAUUUCCGCAUCUGCCACAGUGCCCCCUGCUGGCCCCAGUGGGGGGUUUGGUAUCCUCUCCUCCGCUCACAGCCCGAGCCCCCCCUCCUCUUCCUCCAAGGGCCCCAGUUCUGCCGAGCCCUCCACCAGCAGCUCACCUUAGCCCUAGCCACGGACAGCACCCACACCCCAGGCUUUUCCGCAACCCGCAGGCCCCAGCAGGGAUACAGUACCUCAAGCCGAUCAGCUUAAUCGGUGGAAACAGAGCAAACUGUUGCACAACAAGUACCUCAGCACUCCUGUUAACCUUGGCUGUCCACACAUGCAAACGCAUGGUCUAAAGUAAAACUAUUCAUGUGUACACACACACAUACAUGCACAGACACACGUACAUACACACACAACACACAGGAAAUAGUUCAACACAUCAAAAAUGUACAGCCAAAACCCUCAGACAGGUGUUCACAACUGAACUUGAACAUUUUUAUUUUGAAUUUUACCUUUGUUUUGUUGCCAUGUGUUGUCUUUUGAAUAACGUUUAGUAUAAUUCUCUUUUCUCUUUUUACAUACCUCAAAAUCAAGUAAUCUGCAGUGGUUUAAUCAUCCAAGAAUCUUUACCUCAAAAGCUGUAGUAUACUUUAGAUGAAUGAACUUUAUUUUUUUAUAUUUUGUUCAAAUCUGAGGAACCUUUGAUUUGUGCUACGUUCUCCUAAUGGGGAUCUUUCACGGAAUGUUUUGCCGUGGUGGCGGACAGCUGUCAUAAUUCAAUCAGAUAGUGUGCUGUGAAAGCUACGUUCUCUGUCUAACGUUUUGAACAACCAUUUUAUAUCGCACGUCUUUUAGCUUCUCUUCCACGAAUGUCAGGAGGGAUUCGUAGUAUCUUCAUAAAUAGGUUUAUUGAAUUUCUGGACUUCUGGAGGGAGAGAAUGAUUAGAUGUGAGUUCUAUGCAAAAGCAAG